AUGCUGGGCUCGCCUACUUUGAUCGCAAUUGUGGUGGCAACGGCGGUGCACUUCGUUGUUUCCCCGCUACCAGAGGUUUUUCUAGAGCUCUAUCUUGUUCCUUACAUUCUGGCCAACUUGAUUCUUUACUCUUAUCUAUGGAAAGAAGGCCUCCCAACCGUUGAUGUAAUCUCCAAUUUUACAGCCAUCAACGCCAGUUUCCUUCUCACUUCUGUCAUUCUCACCAUCAACAAGCGGCUCUUCUUCUCACCGCUCGCCAAGUUUCCUGGUCCCAAGAUUGCUGCAAUUUCAGGAUUUUGGAAUGCCAACGAAGGACGGCUUGGUAGGGCCUCAAAAACACGCAAAGCGUUACAUGAUCAGUUCCAAAGUGACAUCAUCCGAAUUGGCCCCAACGAGCUGUCUGUCAACAGUGUUGAUGCUAUUGACAGACUCUAUGGAAGAGACUACAAGAGAGGAACCUUCGCCCCAGUUUUCAACAUCUCUGGCGGGGAGAACCUUGUGACACUGAGAGACAAUAAAUUACAUAGCGCUUGGAGGCGCAUGUGGGUGAAGGCUUUCAAUAAAGACAAGCUUUCCAACUAUAUACAACGAAUACAAAGCCAUGCUGACAAAGCUGUUCGUCUCUUACACGAGAAAGCUGGAAAUCCCGUCGAGUGUGGCAAAUUCUUGGACGCCUUUACAUUCGAUGUAAUCUCGGACAUAGCCUUCUCUCAAGAUACCAAACUUCAAGAUGGUGUUGGCGACCGUUCACUUAUCGAUGGAGUUCAUGGCUUCAUUCCCAUCAUCCCGAUUUGCCGGUACUUACCCCAGCCGGCUGCAGGACGAAAAUUCGCCGAAUAUGGUGACCAAGUACUAGCUGCACGCAAGUCUCUCACGGCACAGCCCAACGACAUCUUCGCCCAUCUGGAAGUUCCUGAUGCAUCAACUGGUAUCGAAAUGAGGCCGAGUGACCUCAAGCAACACAUUCUCUUUAUCAUGACAGUUGGGGCACAUUCCGUAAGCACCACACUAACACGGACUCUUGCUGUUCUCGCUUCCCAGCCUCAUGUCCAAUCAUCCAUCAGGCAAGAGUUAAAUGAGGCAUUUCACGGCGAAGGAUCUGCCCCGGUGGAAACUAUCCGAAAGCUCAAGUACUUGGAUUGUGUGGUGAGGGAGGCGCUGCGCAUGUUUGGUCCCGUCACCGUGGGUAGCCCUGUCAUUGUGCCAGAAGGGGGCAUCACACUGAAGAGUGGAAGCUUCAUCUCAGGGGGGACCCAAGUCUGGAUUGGACAGUACGUCAUGAUGUUCAACGAGGAAUACUUCCCUAGGCCCCAUGAGUUCCUACCGGAACGAUGGAUGAGUCCAGGUGAUGAGGGAUAUGGGAAGGAGGGCGAACUCGUCAAGGAUCGUCGAGCAUGGAUUCCUUUUGGCCAUGGACCUCACGCUUGUGGUGGAAGGGCUCUUGCAAUAGAAGAGCUUAAACAGAUUGUGCUGAGAAUUGUUAUGGAGUUCGACAUUGGUUUCGUGGAAGAUGAAAACAUGCCGUUUCAAUAUGAGCAGUGGGCAGACAGUUGGAAGGAUUACUUUCUUACGAUGAUUGACGAGAUAGAAUUGAGGUUUGUCCCAAGGUGA